AUGGCGAACGAAGCAGCCCCUCCGGCCAUCAACGACUUGAGCCUCGCCGAAAAGGUUCCCGAGACCAAAGCUGUUGGCCAAAUCGUGACUCCUUUCGAUGUUUCCGGUGGUGUCGAUGAGUCCGGGAAGCUCCUGCCCGUCGACUAUGAGAAGCUCACUCGCGAGUUCGGCGCCACACCCAUCAAUGCUGCGUUAUUGGAGCGCUUUGAGAAGGUUACCGGACACCGGCCACACCGUUUCAUGCGUCGCGGUAUUGUCUUCAGUCACCGUGACUUGGCCAAGAUUCUGGAUCGCCAUGAGAAGGGGGAGCCUUUCUUCCUCUACACUGGCCGUGGACCCAGCAGUGACAGCAUGCACGUGGGACACACUGUGCCAUUCGAGUUCACCAAGUGGCUCCAGGAUGUCUUCGACUGCCCUCUAGUGAUCAUGAUGACCGACGACGAAAAGUACAUGCACUCCCAGAAGAUCGAUAUUGAGGACUCCAAGAGAUACACAAAGGCGAACGCCAAGGACAUCAUUGCUGUUGGAUUCGACAUGAAGAAGACUUUCAUUUUCAGCGACUUCGAGUUUAUUGGCGGCGCUUUCUACGAGAACAUGUGCAGGAUGGCCAAGAGAAUCACCAUCAACCAGGUCAAGGGCACAUUCGGCUUCAAUGACAGCAACAACAUUGGCGAGUUCCACUUCUGUGCGACUCAGUCUGCCUCAGCGUUCGCUACCAGCUUCCCUCACAUCUUCGGCACCGAUACCAAGAAGGUCGCUUCCAUUCCGUGUUUGAUUCCCUGCGCCAUUGACCAGGAUCCUUACUUCCGUCAAUGCCGCGAACACGCCGAGAAGAUGAAGUUCAAGAAGCCCUCUUUGAUUCACUCAAUUUUCCUUCCCGCACUCCAGGGUCCUGGAUCUAAGAUGUCUGCCAGUAUCGACAGCUCUGCCAUCUUCAUGAGCGACACUCCGAACAAGAUCAAGAACAAGAUUAACAAGCACGCUUUCUCCGGUGGUCAGGAUACUGCCGAGAAGCAGCGCGAGCUUGGUGGAAACAGCAAGGUCGACGUUCCCUUCCAGUACUUGACCUUCUUCCUCGAAGACGAUGAGGCACUGGAGAAGAUCCGCAGCGAAUACGAGAGUGGCCAGAUGAUGACGGGUGAGAUCAAGCAAAAGUGUAUUGCCCAGCUUCAGGAGUACGUCCAAGGAUUCCAGGACCGUCGGGCCCAGGUCACCGAUGAGAUCAUGGCCGAGUACAUGCGCCCUCGUCCUUUGGAGUGGAAGGGUAACCCUAGCCCAAUCGUGGUUGAGAAGGCCAAGAAAUAA